CCAGCCAUGGCCACACUUGAGGAGCGCAAGGCGAAGCGACGCGAGCAGAAGAAGUUGUACAAGCGAGAGGAAAGAGCACGGGAAAACGCUGAGAAAGCCAAGACGCACGCUCGGAUCCUGCAUUUACGCGCCAACUACUCGAAAAAACGACCGCGCGCCGACGCCGACGACGCCGAGGACGCGCAGCCUGCCGCGGCGCCCCGGGCGCCGGCCGUGCGGCCCGUGGUCCCGCCGGCACGACCGCUGACGGCGACCCCGUCGCGGCGCCGGCGCACUCCUUCGCGAGACGAGGUUGUGGAUGGGAGGCCAUCGCUGCCGCCGCAGCCGGCGCUCACUGCACCCGUGGAGCGCACGGAAGCUAGGCCGCCGUCCCCAGAGCCCACGGCGGUCCACGCCGUUCCUCCCGAGCCCGGGCCAAACGACACUGUCAGACUGCAAUAUACAAGGUCGGCUUGCAUGGAAGCUGGGGACGAUCCAGUGCAGGCGGGCACAUACAUGGGCAUCGUCGUGGAGACAAAGGGCGCCAAGGCCAAAGUGUACUGGUACGAAGUCGACGGCGAGCCUUAUCCUGGCGAUUUGGACAACCCUUCGUGGGAGCUGAUAGAAGGGCUGGAAGUGGUGAGCGUAGGGGACCACAGCUCUCGCUUCAGGAAGCCCACCGCCUUUUUGCACGAAAAUGCUGCCGUUGUCAGCGACAACGAAUCGGACGACGACGAUGACGACAACACGCGCGGUCGAAGGGCGAACUCCUCGAAGAUUACGGCGGCCGCCAAGGCUGCCGGAUUGGUCGUAGUGACACUCGAGCACCACGGCAACAAUUCUCACCGGAGGCGCACGCUGGGGCCGGGCGGAUUUAAGCCUGAUGCUGGAGAUGCCAAGGCCAUACGCUGCGUGCCUCUGUCAACGAGCCUACCACUUCUCGCGCACAGAGGACUGCCAUUACAUCGAGCACCCUACCCAUGCGACGCCGCGUCAUCAAAAUUCGUGACACUUCGCUUCGUACGUCGAGCGCCAACCGUCGCCUCGCACGCAGGUCGAGGUCCCGCGCGAGACCGCCGCCGCGGUGGUCGUCGUGAUCGACUCCCAUGCCUUGGAGGACAUCCCUGGUAAAUCUCAGUACGCCACCAACCUCUGCAAGGCAGCUGGGACGCGCGGCGUGCCGAACUACCUCUUCCUCGUCCUCCCACAGGACGGGUCGUUCAAUUUCCUCAUGAACGAGCCGAACUACAUGAUCAACAUCCCGCAAUACCUCUUGCUGAACGUGCUCGCGAAACGGGCCGGCAAGAAGCUCUACAAGAAAAACGUAGGUUGCAAGUGGGACGCCGAGGACCUGAAGAUCGCCGAGAAGGGCAUGUGCGACGCCGAGGACCUCGUGAAGACGAUCGCGCCGUACGCGCGCGCGCACGCGGAGAAGCUCGCCCAGGCCGUAUCGCGCGAGUAG